GCACUCGGUGUAAACAGGAAGAACCAACGAAAAGUCGGGUGAAUUUUUACCAUAAAGAGAAAAUAAUGGUCGCGCGAAAACGUACGAAUAUCUCGAUUUUCUUGACGUAUUAGCCAAUAUACACUAUGAUAUUUAUCACCUGAAAGCAGUUUUGUUUAAAUGGUUUAACGUUAUUUUCGCAAAAAAAACUAAUUCGCUAAAACCAUAGCUGGCCAGCAUAAAACGGAGAGUGAAGCGAUUUAUUUCCUCCGGCUUUUGCACGGCAGGUUUACCAGCUAAACCUCAACAGUACUUUCAGAUUUUUCUGAAUUUUGAUAGUGUGCCGAGGGUAAUUCCUAACAAUGGUUCAAAAAGACAAGACGUUGGAGACUCCUCAAUUAGAUGUAGAGCCGAGCCCCAGCCCAGUCUCUGGAGAGGCUUGUGUGGAGGCCCCGGGCCCAGUGGAGGACUCCGGCAUUGGUAUCGAAUCUACAGGCCACAGAAAAUUCAUUAGUGGUGUCGUGGAAGGCUUUUAUGGCCGCCCAUGGACAAUGGAGCAGAGGAAAGAGUUAUUCAAAAGGCAGCAAAAAUGGGGACUGAACACAUAUCUUUAUGCACCCAAAGAUGACUACAAACACAGAAUGUUCUGGAGAGAACUGUAUUCAGUGGAAGAAGCAGAGCAACUCAUGACUUUAAUUGGAGCUGCCAAGGAGCAUGGAAUAGAGUUUAUCUAUGCCAUUUCACCUGGAUUAGACAUCACCUUCUCAAAUCAGAAAGAGGUUUCUGCACUCAAGAGGAAACUUGAUCAGGUUUCUCACUUUGGUUGCAAGUCAUUUGCCUUACUUUUCGACGAUAUUGACCACAACAUGUGCCCUGCUGACAAAGAAGUAUUCAGCUCUUUUGCACAUGCUCAGGUUUCCAUUACUAAUGAAAUCUACCAAUACCUGGGAGAGCCUGAAACCUUCCUCUUCUGUCCCACAGAGUACUGUGGAACAUUCUGCUACCCAAAUGUCUCUCAGUCCCCCUACCUUCACACAGUUGGAGAAAAACUACUGCCAGACAUUGAUGUGCUAUGGACAGGUCCCAAAGUGGUGUCCAAAGACAUCACCGUGGAGUCCAUAGAGGAGGUAUCAAAAAUCCUAAGAAGAGCCCCUGUAAUCUGGGACAAUAUUCAUGCCAAUGAUUAUGAUCAGAAAAGACUUUUUCUUGGACCAUACAAGGGCCGCUCCACAGAGCUCAUCCCCAGACUAAAAGGUGUCCUUACUAAUCCCAACUGCGAGUUUGAAUCAAACUUUGUAGCAAUCCACACUUUGGCCACCUGGUACAAGUCUAACAUGAAUGGCGUUCGCAAAGAUGUGGUCAUGACCGAUGGCGAGGAAAGCACUGUAUCCAUCCAGAUCAAGUUGGAGAAUGAAGGCAGUGAUGAAGAGUUGGAGACUGACAUGCUCUACAGCCCCCAGCUUGCUCUGAAACUGGCUCUUACAGAAUGGCUUGGAGAAUUUGGUGUGCCUCACCAAUACAACAGCCGACAGGUGCCUCAGAGUGGUGCCAAAAGCACAGCCAUUGAUGUAUCGUCUAUGGCAGCUCCAUCUCUUUGUUCCUCUACAUCAGUCACAACUGUUUUCCAGCAGCCCAUCAUGUCGCCUGCCAUUCCUCCUCUGUGCCUGGAUCCACUCCCACACCCCAUGGUAAAAACACCUCAGGAAGAGGAGGAGGUGGAUGUGGAAAAGAAAGACUCGGAUGAAGAGCCCAUGGAAAUGGUGGUUGAGAAGCAAGAUGAGCCUGAGCCAGAAGCAGAAGCUGACCCAGAAAAGAAACAUAUUGGUCCAACUUUGGCUGACAAAAUGACUGAAGACCUAAAGCCUAUGGAUACAGACAAGGAGAGUCUGGCAGAGUCCAAGUCGCCUGAGGAGUCAAUCCAGGAGGAUUCUGGGAGUGAUAUUGCUCCCAUGCAGACAGAUGAUCAGCUUAAACAGGAAGUGUUUGUGCCUGGACUCAAUGAAAAGCCACUGUUCAUAGCAGAGCCCCUCACACUUGAAGACCUGUGCUUGCUGGCAGAGCUUUUCUAUCUGCCUUAUGAACAUGGACCCAAGGCCAUGCAAAUGUUAAAGGAGUUCAACUGGCUAAGAGCCAACAGCAGCGUUGUUAGUGUCAACUGCAAAAGGAAGGAAAGUGACAAGGUUGCAGAAUGGCAGUCGCGGGCAGAGAAGUUUGAGGAGAUGUGCUGCUCAGUCAUCCAGAUGUUCACACGGCUGUCAAAUACAGCCAACCGCACCAUCCUUUAUGACCUCUACCCUUACAUUUGGGACAUCAAGAGCAUCAUUUCUAUGGUCAAGUCUUUUGUCCAAUGGCUAGAUGGAAGAAUCCACAGUACAAGUUUCUACUGCUAUUGGAUCGACAAUGGCCGAUGGUGUCGUAGUCAGUCCUCAGCACAAUUCCUUAGAGGAGACCAAGAGCCCUGGGCCUUUAGGGGAGGUCUAGCAGGAGAGUUCCAGAGAUUGUUGCCAAUAGAUGGGGCAAACGAUCUUUUCUACCAACCUCCACCUUCUUUGCCGACCUCCAAAAUCUAUACCAUAAGGCCGUACUUUCCCAAAGAUGAGACUGCAGUCUAUAAAAUAUGUAAAGAAAUGUACUGUGAAGGAAUGGAGGAUGUGCCAUUCCCUGAGGAGGAUCCUGAUCUCAUAGGAGACAGGUUGGUGGGAGGACUCCUGACCCUAAGUUCAGACUAUGGUUUUGUGCUGGAGGAUGAUGAUGGGAUCUGCGGUUAUGCUCUUGGCAGCGUAGAUGUGAAACCUUUCAUCAAGAAGUGCACGUUAAGCUGGAUUCCCUUCAUGCAAGAGAAAUACCACAAACCUGACUGUGAAAAGGACCUCACAGAGGCAGAAAAGAUGAUGCUGAGUUUCCAUGAGGAGGAGGAGGGUCUUCCAGAUUCUUUUCUGUCCAACUUCCCUUCUCUCAUCAAGGUUGAUAUCCACGCCAAAGUAACUGACCCAAGUGUGGCCAAGAGCAUGAUGGGGUGUUUGUUAUCUUCCCUUAAAGCCAAUGGCUCCCGUGGUGCAUUCUGUAAGGUUAGACAGACUGACAAGAGAAUGUUGGACUUCUAUAGUAAGCUGGGAUGCUUUGAAGUGGCCAAAAUGGAGGGCUUUCCCAAAGAUGUGAUCAUCAUGGGACGCAGCCUUUGAGGAAACAUCCUGAUAAAGUAAACAAAGAGAGAGCAUGUAGACUCAGCCUAAACAUGUUUGCUACCUUCAUGGAAAACUUUCAUGGCAAUUUUUUACUACAUUACCAAACCAUCUGGGGUAACCCAGGCAACUGUCUUUUUAGGAUUUGUCUGAAGAAGCACAGCAGUCGAGACACUUUCCCUGUGCUACCCUCUAAUGUUAUUGCUUAAUUGGAUUCAGCAGAUCCAGGGCUGAAAGAUCUAAGGAGUGAUCAGUGGUCGCUCCAGUCAGCAACAUACAAGUGUGGAACUUUAAUACUGAUUUUGAGGGACCCACUCUCCAGACAGAAGAAAGAGAUGGCUUCAUAAGCCUUUUUCCAUUACAUGGAUAUUACUCCCAUACCCUAACACAGAUAGUCCAUGUCUGAAUUGGUAGCAGAGCUGUGAAAUGAGGGUGGCCCUAUCUCAGGUAGAGUCUUAAAUGACCCUCAUGUCCUGAUGUCCCAUCUUGAUGCAACACACAGAUGUUGACCUAAGUAGGACACAGGAUGCUGGAUGUGAGGUGCUUCACGAGCAUUUGCCUUUCAGCAUCACAGCAGUAUUCUGAUUUGGCCCACAACAUAUUUUGAGAUGGAGGCCUUUUAAAUGUGAAAUAAGUCUGUAGACAUGAAGGGUGGAAACUUGUAGCUUAUGAGAGUCAUGAAACCCUGAACAGAACAUUGCUGCAGACAAAGAGAAACUAUGGAUGAGAGUAAACCAGGAGGUGAAUAUCUGUUGAAAGCAGUAGAAAAGCUUUCACAGGUUUACAAAUGUGGUUCUCCGCUUAGCUCUGCUGUAUAUAAUGACAGCAGGUUUGGGGGCUUUUUUGCUUAUUUCCCCUCCAGCUAUUGCCUUUUGGUUAUUUGCUUUUGUAUUUUAGGUUUAUAUUGCAGAAUUCAUUAUCCUCUGUGAAGUUCAUUUUAACAUGUCAGUCAAUCACAGCUAGAGAUGAGUGAUUUUGUACAUUUGGCUUGUUGUUGCUCAAAUCCCAGAGAUUUGACCUGGCACUGAUGGUCACAUCCCUCAGUUUUGCCCCACCAGAUUCUUGACUUCAGCCCAGAAACCUUUCAGUAAACUAAAACUGACUGAAAAGCUCAUGUUGUACUGUAAGUUAUGUAAAAUGACACAUUUUCUUAAUGCCAUUGAAAUUUUAAGUUUCAGUAUUUGUAAGUUUCUUUCCAAUAUUUUUUAGUGUUUGAAAUGUUUGCGUUGUUGCUCUUUGAAAGACUUCCUAUUAAGAUUACCCAGUGGGACCAAAAUAUUUUCUUCUGCUAUGAAAGAUGUGAUGUUCUUGGCAGCAGAUGUAUUGGUUAACAGACUGAAUACUUAGUACCUUAACUUCCCACUGUUGAAAACUCAGUUCUUCAUAACUACUUAUUCAAAAUCUGAAUUGUAAAUUAACAGGUCAUAUUAGCUGCAGUCUCAGUCGUGUUAAUAAAUGAUUGGUUAUCCUUAAUUGUCAAUUAACAUCAAGCAUACUUCCCUGCAUUAUUAGUUUUCCCCUCAAAAUUGCAUAUAAAUGAAUGUACUUUCAGUAGAGCUCCUGGAAGUUGUGCUAGGGGUCAUUUAUAUUGUUAAAUCCUGUACAAGAUCCCCACACUAUUCAGUUGCAGCUGGAAAGAUCAGGAGCAGAAGUUUGUUGUUCUCCUCUCUGUCCAUGGCAUGUCUUAUAUUCCAACUCAUUUAAUUUCCAAUUUGUUUUAUAUAUUAAGAUGUUAUUUAAAGAAGCGCUUUGACCAUUAGUGUUCUUUUGGUUACACAAGGAUCAUCAGUUGCUCUCCUGUAGCUGCCUGUUAAUGUGACGUUUUGAAGCUGUGCAUUCAUAAUGUGCAUGAGAUGUGUUGGAUUUGCUGUGGCAGACAUUACGAAUAAUCUCAUCUGAUACUACUUAAAGGAAGAAGCAUGCCACUUACAACUAUGAGCAUAAUACUGUUGUGCUUAGACACCCCUGUAAACAUUCAGUUAUAAAGUAUCAAAGUUGUUUUAUUUUUCCUUUGUUAAAGCGGUGUGUUUUGCUCAAAAGAAAUGAAGAUACGGUCCUUGUUACCAGCCCCUUGUCCUAUACAGCUGUCCUCCCUGUUAGCAGAUCUGUGAUUCCUCAAGUGAAACUGCACCAGACAUUUACAUUUUGUUUUAAAUGGUUGAUUUUGUUGAUGCUCAGACUUUCUCCUCUGCCAACUGGAUCUCUCAAAAAAGACUGAAGAGAAAGGGCUUCAAAUGUACAUUUUGAUUUUAGGGGUUGGGAAUGGGGUUAUUAAAGUGAUAGUUUAUCAUUGUAAAAUUUCUAUGUAAUAUACAUAAUAUUAAAGACUAAUAAAUAAUCUGAAGUGA